CAACCAUUCCUUGUCCUCUCUCUCUCUCUCUCUCUCUCUCUCUCUCUCUCUCUCUCUCCCAUGGCCAGUACCUCUCUCCAGUCCCUCCAUCAAUCCAUUCUCCGCCACCACAACCACCAUCAACAUUACUUCACCUCGUCUCCUGGCUCUAUCUUCUUCAAACCAAGCAAAUCCUACAGACUCUUCUCCAACGUCCCCUGCUCCUCCUCCCCCCCGAGCACCACCUCAUCCAGUACUGUAGCACCGGCCGGCGUCUCCUCCUCCGCGCCACUCGACGCCCUCGCGAACUACCUGUCGACGAGCGACUUCCGCCAGGCGGACGAGGAGACGCGCCGCCUACUCAUCGCCCUCGGUGGCGAGGCCGCACAGAAGCGCGGGUACGUGUUCUUCUCGGAGGUGCAGUUCAUAGAGGCCGCCGACCUGCAGGCGAUCGACCGGCUGUGGCGGCAGCACAGCGGCGGCCGCUUCGGGUACGCCGUGCAGCGGCGGGUGUGGGAGAAGUCGGGCCGUGACUUCACGCGCUUCUUUAUCAGGGUGGGGUGGAUGAGGCGGCUGGACACGGAGGUGGAACAGUACGGAUACAGGUCCUUCCCCGGCGAGUUCAUGUGGGAGUUCAAGGACGACACACCGGAGGGGCACCUCCCUCUCACCAACGCUCUCAGGGGGACUCAGCUUCUCCGCAGCAUACUAACACACCCAGCCUUCGAGGAGAUCAUAGAGGAAGGGAGGGAGAAGAGUGAGGAAGAAGGAAGGAUGGCUGUGGAAGAGAAGGGGAAGGAGCAGCCAAAGCUACUGGGUGGCAAGAGGGUCUUCGAACCCGACUAUUCCUUUUGAGCUUAAUUCCCUUUUGGAUUUCGGUUGGUGAUUCAAAAGCUGCUUAAAAUUACUAUGUGUUUUAUCUUUUUGUGUUUUUUUUGGUUGAUGUUUAGACUCUUACUAUGUAAAACAAAUUUGAUGUUAAUGUGUUGCAGCCACAAUAUUUAUUAUGUCACAGUAAAAUUAGGCCAUUUGUUACAUA